AAAAGAAAAGAAAAGAUGGAAGUAAAUUGAUACAAGUAAGAAGCAAAAUCAGAGUCAGAAGCCAAUUCAAAGUAAAACAAAAACAAAGUAACCAUUAACAUAACAUAAACUAUUUGUUAUGUAAAAGCUUUAGCAUACAAAACCAUAGAAUUAUCAAACCAUGUUGUUUUGUAAAGGAGAGGGAGGAGGCUAAAGCAAAGAAACAAAGGAAGAAACAAAGAAGCACAGAGAAAAAGAAAGAAAGAGUCUUCUUUUGUUGGCUGGCUGCAGCCAGGCUGUUCAAGGCUUUCCUUUUUGUGGGAAUUUCAGCUUUUUGAAGGCUCUUGUUUAGCAGAAUUGGAAAAUUUUGAGACUCAUGAGACAUGGCGGAUACGGUUGUUCCAUUUCGCAAACGUUGAGUACGAUUAGAAGAUUCCUCUGUUCUCUUCUUAUCCUUUGUUUCCAUGGAAGAGGGUUUUCUUUUGUUUUGUUCUCUGUGGUGGUGAGGGUGGUUGAGGAUUAGCUUAGAUCUGGGAUUCGGCUUCCUUUUAUUGUUCAAUCUUGUAGUUGAAUUUCGAUGAGUUACAUGUGGGAAGCGGUUGUUGGUGUUUUUGUAUCUUGUUCAUAGCUUUGUAUGCCUGCUUGCCGAGUAAGACUUCUUGGACAUAAGAGCUUCAGAAACAAUGAGAAGCAUGUGGUGUUUUGGUCGAAAGAGUAAUGCUGGAAAUAUGGGAAAGAAAGGGAGUUGGUUUUCCGCAAUCAAGAGGGUCUUUGUACCCCACUCCAAGGAGAAACUAGCCAAUGAAUCAGAUAAGAAAAGUACAAAAGAAAAGAAAAAGAAGGGUCUAGGAAAACUAAGGCAUGGAGAAACCAAUUCUUUCAUUCCCCUAUUCAGAGAACCGAGUAGUAUUGAGAAAAUUUUGGGAGAUGCUGAAAGAGAGCAUAGAUUAGUAUUUAGGCCUCCCACCCCACCUGAGCAACCUAGAACACCACCUUUUGUGCCUGCAAGAGUUGCUUCUCCGAGGGUUCCUUCUCAAAGGAUUUCUUCUCCGAGGGUUGCUUCUCCUAGGGCUGCCUCUCCAAGGGCUCCUUCUCCAAGGGCUGCUUCGCCAAGAGCUGCUUCGCCUAGAAUUAUUCAGCAGCGUAGGGAAAGACCAGAACCAACUCUAAGAUACCGUCAUGCUUGCGCUACUAAGAUUCAAGCAGCCUAUAGAGGUUAUACGGCUAGGAGAAGCUUUAGAGCUCUGAAGGGUCUAGUGAGGCUGCAGGGAGUAGUGAGAGGACAGAAUGUGAAGCGUCAAACAGCGAGUGCCAUGAAAUAUAUGCAGCUUUUGGUGAGGGUUCAAUCUCAGAUUCAGUCGAGGAGGAUCCAAAUGUUAGAAAACCAAGCACUACGUCAAGCUCAAUACAGGAAUGAUAAGGAAACAGAAAGUACCUUGGGCAAAUGGACCUUCAGCCAGGCAUCUGAGGCAGGAAAUGAAGACUGGGAUGCUAGUGUGCUAACCAAAGAAGAAAUGGAGGUAAGGAUGCAGAGGAAGGUAGAGGCAGUCAUCAAAAGAGAAAGAGCCAUGGCCUAUGCAAAUUCCCGCCAGUUGUGGAAAACCCCUCCUAAAUCAGCUCAAACAUCUGCCGGGGCAUUCCCAUGCUGGUGGAACUGGUUAGAACGUCAACUUCCUCGGGCUAAUCCAUCCGAAAAUCAAACCAUGAAGAGUUUUCAACUUACACCACCAAGGCCAAUGACUGAUCAGCACCUAAAACCAAGCCCUCAGCCGCAAUCAAGCAGUCAAAAUCGAUAUAGUUUCGGGUUUGACAUGGAUACUCCCACACCAAAAUCUACAAAAUCAACCAUACUCCCGGCUACAAGAUAUGCUCGAAGUCCUGCUUUAGGUAAAGCCCCUCAAGGCAGCCCCAGCUUGUCAAAAUAUUCAAGAGCAAGAGGUAGUGGUGCUGCUUCUCCUUUCUACUUGCCGUUAAAAGAUGACGAUAGUCUCACAAGCUGCCCACCCUUUUCGGUUCCAAACUACAUGACACCUACGGUUUCAGCAAAAGCAAAAGCGAGAGCUAACAGCAAUCCGAAGGAGAGGCUUCCGGGGACUCCAAGCAGUGAAUCACAAAGAAGGCUUUCAUUUCCUUUGACACCAAACGUUGGAUCAUUCAAGUGGAAGAAAGGUUCCUUCUUCUCUAAUAGCAAGGAUUCUAGCUCCCAAAAGGCCUUAGAUAAGAAUCAGUCAAUGCAAUCUAUAGGGGAUUUGAGUGUGGAUUCAACCGUUUCGAUGCCUGCAACCGUUGGAAGGAAGCCGUUUAACCGAUUUGUGUGAUGAUUUGUUUGUCAUUUUUUUCCCUUUUAACUUCAUGGUGUUCAUUUGAUUGAGUGUAUGUGAUAUGUUGAGUUACAAAAAUUACUAAUGUAAGAUAAUAAAGAAACAUAGGAGAUGAUAUGCUUUGUAUGUAACACGAUUUGGGCUUUCUUAAUGAUAUCAUAACUGUUAUUUUUUUCUGGA